UCUGCAUUUCAUCCUAAAGAGGAGCAAAUCAACCCUUACUUCAAACCAGAAAGAUGGCUUGUUAGGUUUACAAGAAGACGACAACUUGGCAGUCUGGUUCUUUUCUAUCAAAUGGUCACCAUGUUCAGUCUGAGGCAAGAAUCUCUACUCUUCAUUCAGCUGUUAAACAUCCAGAAUGUCUUUGAAGUAUCAGCGACUCAGACGGAAGCGCAUGAGAACAUGUUGGUGUCCAGCGGCGACCCGGUGAUGUUUACUUGCAACAUAUCUGAGAAUGCCACAACUCUAAUCCAGUGGAACAAUGGACGAUCUUAUUUUGCAUUUUCCGCCCAACGGGAUCAGACGUACUCAAAUUUUUCCUCUGAAAGAGUCAAAAUAGACUCUAACAUACCUUCCAAGCUCAGCAUUUUUAAAGCUCGACAUGAUGAUUCUGGACUGUAUACAUGCACUGUAUCUGAUGGAGGAGGCGUUCGAAACAUCGCAUGGAAUUUAACUGUAUUUAACAAACAAGGUGUUAAUUUCUCAAGGUACAGUUUUUUUUUUCUGUCACCUGCCACUGGACUGUUUAUAUGUUGCAUCGUAGUCAUCUGGCUCUGCAAAAAGAGUGGGAGAGGGAGACAAGACCAAGGCCCGGUCUACAACCAGCACCAGCACACCGCAUCUCAACCAGAACAACAGCUCUACCAGCUCGUCAGUCUACCAGCGAGUCCAGACUGUUGGAGGAACACUCAGCAUAGGCGGAUGUACAUUGAGAGACUGAAUUCAAUUUAUGGCCAUCUCUGAGCUGAGACAUAUUCCAGGCCUUUGAAGAAAGAAAGAAAUGCUUGAUGAACAUUUCAUGUUGUCUUUAUGAUCAGAAGAAACACAAGAGGACAAGAAGCAGACCUCUCCCAGCAACACGGUUGUCUUCAUAUUUAAUGGUUCAAAUCAUAAGGCACAAAAACAAAAACCAAGUUUGUUGUUGUUAGCAUCUUAUUGAGGGUCUGUUGUAUUGUCAGAGGUACUGCUUCAUUAAAUUUGUGUUUCAUGGUCUGCAGGU